AUGUUUGUAAUAUUUAUUUAUUUCCUCCUCAAAGACGACUUCUUCCCAUCCUGCUCUACUCAAGAAGACAAUCCCGAAUCACUCUUCCUACCCGACCAUGGCCCAGCUGAGACAGUACCCAUCCCCUUCACAUCCUACACUGAACAUCGCCAUUCAUACUGGAAAGCCUGUCUAGACGCCGAGCCGUGGAUUGCAGAUUGGUGGAUGUCCAAGUGCGUGGGGCAUGUGAUUGACAUUGCUUGGACCUGGCAGACCAAGCCCGAAACCAACCCCAAACUCGCCACUCUCAAGUCUGACCUCCAAGAAGAGAUCCCCGAGGCUCUGAUCAAGCUAGUCGAUUCCGUGUACCUGAACCUUAUCGAUCAUGAUGUGAAAGCUGGUGGUGGGAUUUGGGGCGAUGGCGGUAUUAACAGUGGUAAUACUAGCGUCAACGCCACACUCUCCAAACUCUUUUCCAGCUCCAAACACAAGUUGAACGAAUGGCCAGUGCACUCUUCUAAGAUGGAGAAGAUUCGUGAGACGAGGUAUUUGUGGGAUGAGGCUUGUAGGUACAAUAAGGAGAUAGGUAAUGGACUUUCUUCUUCUGGCUAA